AUGAACAAGCAGACUCACCAGCCUGACCCACUCCCCUGUUUGGAUUCCCAGGCCUCUGUGGCUCUGCGGCCGGCUCCCCAAAGCCCCUCACCCCAGUCCUUGGAUUUUCUGUGUGCUGCUCCUUCCUGGGGUCUCAGCUGGCUCUUGGCUGUACAGCACAUUCUGGUCCUGGCCUCUUUGCUCUGUGUCUCCCACCUGCUACUGCUUCGUAGUCUUUCCCCGGGAGGACUUUCCUAUGCCCCUGCCCAGCUUUUAGCAUCCAGUCUCUUCUCAUGUGGUUUGUCUACUGCCAUGCAAACUUGGAUGGGCAGCAGGCUGCCUCUGGUCCAGGCCCCAUCCUUUGAGUUUCUCAUUCCUGCUCUGGUAUUGACCAGCCAAAAACCAUCCCACACUACCUGGGCACCUGGAAACAAUUCCCAAACACCAGGGCCAUGUGUGGGAACAGCUUGCUUUACCCUGGGAAGCUGGGAUGAAUCUCUGAGAGAGGUGUCAGGUGCUGUGCUGAUGUCUGGGCUACUUCAGGGGACACUAGGGUUGUUGGGCGGGCCUGGUCGAUUGUUCCUCCACUGUGGGCCCCUGGUCCUUGCUCCCAGCCUGGCUGUGGUAGGGCUUUCUGCUCACAAGGAAGUUGCCCUGUUCUGUUCUGCAAACUGGGGCCUGGCAUUGCUGCCUAUCCUACUUAUGGUUGUAUGUUCUCAGCAUCUGGGAUCCUGUCUGCUGCCCUUGUGCCCACUUCGAACUCCUGUCCCCCCAACUCACACCCUCGUCCCUGUCUUCCGCCUCUUCUCGUCUUGUCUCAUACAGGUACUGCUUCCUGUGGUCUGUGUUUGGAUCCUCUCUGCUUUACUGGGCCUUAGUUUCACUCCGCAGGAGCUGUCUGCCCCUAACAUCCCCCCAUGGCUGUGGCUGCCUCACCCAGGUGGAUGGGGUUGGCCCAAGUUGACCCUCCGAGGCCUGGCUGCAGGCACUACCAUGGCUUUAGCAUCUUCUACCAGCUCCUUGUGUUGUUAUGCAUUGUGUGGCCGUCUGCUUCAGUUGACUCCUCCUCCCUCCUAUGCCUGCAGUCGAGGCAUGGGCUUUGAGGGUCUUGGUAGCCUGCUGGCUGGACUGUUGGGGAGCCCUUUGGGGACUGCCUCUAGCUUCCCCAAUGUGGCCACCACCAGCCUCACCCAGGCUGGGUCUCAGAGAGUGGCAAGGCUUGCCAGCCUCCUGUGUAUAGGGUUGGGUCUCUCUCCACGGCUGACACAGGCCCUCACCACCAUUCCACUGCCAGUUCAUGGUGCUGUGCUGGGGGUGAAUCAGGCAGUCAUUUUAUCUAUGGGUUUUUCCUACUUCUACUCUACGGAUAUUGACUCAGGACGCAAUGUUUUCAUUGUUGGUUUUGCUAUCUUCAUGGCACUGCUGCUACCCCGAUGGCUUCAGGAUGCUCCCAUUCUCAACACAGGUUUAAGUCCUGUGGAUGUGCUGCUUUGCUCUUUUUUGGCGGAGCCUGUGCUUCUGGCGGGCCUCUUGAGCUUCCUCCUGGAGAACACCAUCCCGGGAACUCGAUUAGAGCGAGGUCUACUGUCUCAAACCUCUCCGAAGCCCAUAAAGAAUGCUUUGGAAUAUGAGCUGCCUGCCCCCUUUCAAAAGCUAUUCUCCUUUCUCCCCCAAAGCCUACAAUGCCUCUGUCCCCGGCCCGAGGACACAGGGGAUGAAGAGCAAGGGCGUUUGGAGCCCAGAGAGACCACAGACUUGUUGCCCAGCCCUGGGGAUCUAAGCCUCAGUCCUAUUAUGACCAGGGCUGAUUGAUGACCCCUUCUCAACUGGCCCUUUUAAUUCCUCUUUAGGAAGGGGGAACCAUUCCCAGUCUUCUCUUUGCUGUAUCUCCCAAACUUCCCAGGAGCGAACUAGAACGUGUUGAGGGAAGGGAGUUUCAUUAUCCCCUCUACCCCACAUAAAUUUCACCUAAACCUCGA